UUCUCUGAUUGCUCUGGUUGUUGCGCAGCGCAGCGCGGUGAGGUGAGGUGCGGCGAGGUGCGGCGAGGUGAGGUGAGGUGAGGUGAGGUGAGGCGCACGGUAGCGCACGGUCACUCUGCGCACGGCAACUGCACACACUGCGGAUUGCGUUUUCUCAGUAACCAGGAACCACCAUGAGAUUUGCGCACAGGCUCGAUUGACGCAAACAGGAGGAAUUUUUUUUUUUUACAUUAAUUUUUCAGCACCUUUUGCUCGGCGCAGGAGGAACCUGAAUGAUCUAACAGACUGUUUUUUCUAGUAAUUGAGAAGAUGUGGCGUGUUUUAAUCCCUGAGUUUGUGCAUGUGGUGGUUGCGGUGACGUGCCUGGCGCUGGUGUGGUGCCCGAGCGCGGCGGCUCUGGCCGGCUCUUGCGAGAUGGUGCGCAUCCCGUUGUGCCAACCCAUGCCCUGGAACAUGACCAAGAUGCCCAACCACUUGCACCACAGCACGCAGGCCAACGCGGUGCUCGCCAUCGAGCAGUACGAGGCGCUGCUGGAAACCGGUUGCAGCCCGGAUCUCCUAUUUUUCCUGUGCGCCAUGUACGCACCCAUCUGCACCAUCAGCUUUCAGCGCGACCCCAUCAAGCCGUGCAAGUCGGUGUGCGAGCGCGCAAAGACGGGCUGUGAACCCGUGCUCAAGAAGUACAACCAUUCGUGGCCCGAGAGUCUGGCGUGCGACGAGCUCCCGGUGUACGACCGCGCCGUGUGCAUCUCACCAGAGGCCAUCGUCAAAGCAGAUCCAACAGAUCGGUGCAAGUGUAAGUCGGUGAAACUCGGCCAAAAGACCUAUACAAAGAACAAUUACAAUUAUGUGAUACGUGCACGUGUGAAAGAGAUAAAAAGCCGCAGUCACGACCUCAGCGCUGUGGUGGAAGUGAAGGACGUGCUGAAGUCUUCCCUGGUUCACAUUCCUCGUGACACCGUGACGCUGCACUACAGUUCGGGGUGUCUGUGUCCCCCACUUCUGCCCAACGAAGAGUACAUCAUCAUGGGCUACGAGAACGAGGAACGAUCACGGUUGCUUCUUAUUGAGGGGUCCAUCGCACAGAAGUGGAGAGACCGAGUGGGACGCAAAGUGAAGCGCUGGGAUCAGGCCCUGAGUAAAGGAAGGAAACCGGAUCAGGACAGACGCGUCCGUCCCUGACCUCGCUCCGGCACAAACUGAACCCCGACCACACAAAAAAGUAUCAGAGAAAACUGAAAAAUAAUUGCACUAAUGUAUGUUCUUCUUGAUGCGUAAGGAGUUGUAGCAGAGAUGUUUUUAGUUGUUGCUUUGUAAGUUUUUUUUAGCAAUAUCUUUUUUUUUUUAUUUGCCUUUGCACGAACAAAAUGUUCAUGUCAACAUUGCUGCAUAUGUGUGUGCAUGGGUAUGGACUUGGUGUUAUGGGCUUGGGGGGUGGGGGUGUUGGGGGUGAGGUUUAAUGAUUGUGCUGGAAGAGAAGAUGGGGCAUGAGAGAGCUUAUACAGGAGAAGAUGACAGUUUUCUAGAAGAAGGAACGGCGUUUGGACGCGACGAGGAGCAGCAUGGAGUCAUGCUGAAGUCUCCCUUUCGCUGGAUUCAAACAGAACAGAUGGAGGAGGCGUCGUUUUGGCAUGAGACGCGAACACGAGGACAAAUCUGAAAGGCUGUAAUGGAGACGAAAUGUUAAGCGUUAACGAAUUACUUUCGUUCGAAAGAAUUUUUUUUUGCAUAAUAUCGCCAUAACUCUUAGGCACAUGUUUGAUAUUCCUGACCAAUAGGACGCCGUUUAUGAACAAGAACGCAUAAUACGUAGCAUGAAUGCAGUGGUUUAUUGAAGACAGCUGUUUUUUUGUUUGUUUGUUUUUGUUUUUUUAUAUUGGUCUGAUUGAUACAAGAUGAUUCAUCCUUCGCUCGAGCCAUUAUUCACCCUGCCUGUUAUCACAUUUACAUCCACUAUUAAACAUAUCUGACUGAG